AUGGAUGAACAUAACAACAGUCAUGAAGAAAAGGAGAUAACUAACUGUCUUCCAGAGGAAAUAGAAGAAAUGCCAGUGAAGGGCCCAUGGACAAGAGACGAAGACGACAGACUUCGAGCGCUUGUGAAAGCAUUCGGCCCAAAACGGUGGACCUAUAUUGCAAAAAAGCUAAGGGGAAGAGUAGGAAAACAGUGCAGAGAAAGAUGGCACAACCAUCUGGAUCCAAACAUAAUAAAGACACCAUUUACCGCAGAGGAGGACAGCAUAAUACUAGCACUGCACACAAAGUAUGGAAACAAAUGGUCAGACAUUGCAAAGCACCUUCCUGGAAGAACAGACAAUGCAAUUAAAAACCAUUGGAACAGCAGCAUGCAAAAGAAAGCAUUAAAGGCAAAAAGAGCCAACAGUAUCUCUGGAGACUUUAUAUCUGCGCACGCAGAGUUUAGAGAGGAUGAUGACUAUUCGCCCCGCGGGCCAUCUUCAAAGAGGGGGUGGGUCCGUAGAAGGACUACAUCAAUGUUUAUCUCGCAGCCAGAGGGUGGGAAUCUUUUAAAUGCGCUAGCGCAGUCUGCUUAUAAUGAACUACUAAAAACAAAACAGAUGUAUUAUAGCAAAGGUAUUCCGCCUUUGCAAAAUUGGAACAUUCCAUUGCAGAACAUACAGAAUACAGGCACAGAGCAAUCUAAGAAGAGUUCUUCUGAUGAAGAAGAAGUCAUGGCAGGGCUGGUUUUACUGGCAACUGGUGAAAAAUAA